GCAGUUGGAACCUGUAUUCAGUCUAACUACAGAAGUGAGUGUAAACAGAACGUUCUUUCGAAUCAUGAGCACGCUUACCAAAGACUGUCUUUCGGAGCAUGAUCGACAAGUGUUAGAAUCGAUCUUAAAUCCUUCACAAAUCGGUGGUGAAGAAUAUUUGCUACAGGAAGAGGAAAAGCAUUUGGACGAUCCUCAAGAUGUAAAUGCUGGUGGUGAUCCACGUAUAAAGGAAUCCCAACGAAUGGAAUUGGAAGCGAUUGCACUUGCUGGAGAGGGGAAGCUUGCGGAUGCACUGGAAUUGCUCAGUAAAUCCAUCGAAACGGCUCCAGAACGGCCGGCACCGUGGAACAAUCGUGCACAGGUGUAUAUUCUGCUCGGGAAAGAAGAUGAAGCACUGAAGGACAUCGAUCAAGCGUUGAAGCUCUCGAACGGCACGGGUCGAACGGGAUGCAGAGCACUUUGUCAGCGUGGCAUAUUGAAGCGGAAAAAUAACGACAUUGAUGGUGCACGGGAAGACUUUGAUGUGGCCGCUAAGCUGGGCAGCAAGUUUGCACGCACACAGCUGAUUGAGCUGAACCCAUUUGCCGCACUGUGCAAUCAGAUGUUGCGCGAGGUCAUGAAAAUGUAAAGUUUUGUUUGUUAUUAAAGGGUGUUUUGAUAGUUUAUUUUCCAAA